ACCCGUCGGCCGGCAGUAUCGAGCCGACUAGCGGUCAGCCAGCGCCAAUCGCGUCGCACAAAUCGGACCACGGAAUAACGGAAUUCGAAAUACAAAAUUUGAAAAACGUUGCGCGCCAUUGGAAAAAAUAUAUAAAGGAUUUAAAAAGAAUGUAAUCAUUCUGACAGAGAAACGCGAUGGCGCCGCGGGGCUCGGAGCUGUCUCUGCGAGCGCGCCUCAUGCAGGAGGCAUACACAUGCUGCGCGUUCUGGCUGGCCGUGUCGGCUCUACCGGCGCUGGCGAUUUCUUACAUAGUGGUGAGCAUCAGCCAGCACCUGUGGCUGAAAUUGCUGUCCAGCCGGUAUCCAGGGCUGGAGUUCAUUCGCAUCGAUACAGUGCGGUCUCUGCUUGACACGCAUCGCAACCAGGGCAUCAUCAACGUACUGCUCACUGUCAACGGUACAUUAGAUGCCGAGAAAGUCAAGCAACAGCUCAGCCACCACGUGAUCGAGCGGCGGGACAAGAACGGCGAACUCACGUUCCCGCGGCUGAGACACCAGCUGGUGUCCUGUUGGGGGAACUACGCGUGGAAUAAGGACGUCGCCUUCAGGCUGGAGAACCAUAUCAUUGUGGCCAGCGGCGUGCAUCGGGGGAGACCGGUUACUGACAGUAAUAUUCAGGAAUACGUCAGCGAAAUAGUCUCAAAAUACUUCCCAAAUGAACAGUCGCCGUGGCAGUACAUCAUCAUCCCCACCGCAUCACCGGAACCGAAGUACCACAUCUUGGUCCGCGUGCACCAUUUACUUCUCUCCGGCAAGAAAUCCCUCAACAUCGGUGACAUGCUCAUGGUGGAACCGUUGAACGUCACCGGCAGAAUGCCACACACCGAGUACACGCAACAGAGCCCUUUAAAUAAACUGAUGCCAGCCCCUUCAGCCAUCCCAGAACUGAUUGAGAAGCUGUGCGAUAACCUAUCCAACGCUUGGAACGAAUUCAUCUCUGAAUACGAUCCUGUAGAAAGCCCACGCGCUCAUAAAACCUUGCCUGGUGCGUUCCAUGUGGCCGGCUUAGUACUAAUAUCUGGCGCCAGUGCGUUGAGAGAACUCACUAAGAGGAGGUCGACUGACGAAUUCAGAAAUGUUGCUCCUCUCACUGCUACAACGCUAAUAGCUGCGGUACAACGCGAGUGUAAACGACGAAAUUUGACAAUACCAAAGGUCAUACUAUCUCCACUCGUAACCGCAGAUCCGCGUAAAUGGCCGCGGCGUGCUUUCGGAACUUUCUUAUCCGUAACUCGUACGUUCGUAAGACUUCCUUUCCGCAUCCGGGACGAAAUCCUAGCUCUGAACGAAUUGAAGAAGACUGGUCAAGUGGUCUACCCCAAUACGUUGACGUGGAAGUACGCUGGGCUUGCGCAGUUGUCCGUGCGGGCAUUGGGAGAGGCGUGGCAGGCUAUGGCAGAGAUCUAUAAAGCCCCGGCUACGCUAUGGACCGAUACUAUUGGGGCUGAUGAUGGGCAACGCCAUCAGCUGCAGACUGUCAAUUUGUGUGGGAGAAAGGUAGCAGCCUGGUCACGCCCAGUCUCGCGAACUGCCGUGGAACGCGCCGCUCGCGCCCUCGGUGUAUCCUCAACCGAUGUAGCUCUCUUCGCGGCUACUGAAGCCCUGAGAUCCUUCUUUGACCUCUCCCAGAAUCGGGCGCCCGAUACGGUGCUUACCACAGCAAGGGCUGCAUCGGAGGAUUUCUUAUUCACCUUCGCUGAAGGAGAUGGGAAGAAGUAUAAGAAGUCACAAACAGGAGGAAUGAUCUGCCUAUCCCUGCCCGUGGGCGCCACUCCUCGCCGCAUAGCAGCCGUGGUGGAGCAAGCAUGCCAGCGUCAAGGCGCGUUGGCGGGCGCAUGGGCCGCCCAAGCACGCUACGGCGCUCUGACCCGCGCCGUGCCUUCCCCGCUAGCACGGCUGACCUUGAACCUGCUGUCGAGGAAAUAUGCCGUGUCUUAUGCGGAGAUUAGUGCGCCGGUGGAUGCGAGAUCGAGGACAACUCUGUGGGGGCAUACUGUGGAUGCCGUGGUGUAUUGGAGACCGCCGCAAGCUAACAUUAGCAUGUCCCUCACCGUGAUCCAAUACGCGGACACCGUCCGGCUCUCAGUAAUGGCGGACGCGCGGCUGUCUCCCUCGCACACCAUCCCCGCCAGUCGCUGGCCGGCCGUCGUCGAGCACCUGGUCGCGAAGAUCGACGCCGAAAUCGCGCGCAUCUCCGCCCAAUCGCAGGACAUACCUCGAAUAGUGACGCCGCAAGAAACAGAAGAAGUCGAGGAAAGCACUGAUUCCGUUCUAGAAGCUUCUUCCAGUACUAGCUCUUUAAGACCUCCGGCUACGGAAGUAGCUAGUCCGCCACCUAUUCGCAGGCGUACGACGCACCAUUAGAUUUUAUAUACGACUAGUCGUAGGACAUACUAAGAAUUGUGACAAAGAACAGAAAAGGAAAGUACUGAAUCAGUUUUA